CUUUAUGAUACAGUGUAAUAAUUGUUUUUCUGAGACUAUAAGUGAAGCUCUAUUUCUUUGAAUAUUAUCAGUUCACCUUAAGAAUUUCCUAGAAUAUGAAAGUUUUCCUAUCAAUCGUUCUCCUCGGAGUUAUCAUAUUGCCAUCGAUUCAGGCUUGGUCCUUUGAAAAUCCAUUGAAGAAACCUCUUCAACCAUCACAAAAAAAUGAAUCCAAUCCUGAUAUUGUAGUUCCCGUUAAUACAACUUUGUAUCAAAAAUAUGUUUGCUUAAACAAUAAAGAUGGCACCCAAUUAAUUGUACCCGGAAGUUGCUCUUCGUACUACCUUUGCAAUAGUAAUGUAGCUACUGUCAAAUCCUGCAAAAAUACAACACCGUACUAUGAACCCGUUUCGAAAACUUGCGUUUCAAAGAGUACUUGUGAAGAUCGUGAGAUUUUGAUACCUGGUGGACCGGCUGGUUGUCAGGGUUUAUGUUGUGGCAAACAAACUGGCUUGUAUGUUGAUCCCACAAAUAAAACCCGGUUUUAUUUCUGUGAUAAACAUGUUGGGAUUUUACAUGCUUGUUGCGGUGGCGAACAAUUUAAUCCAAUUACUAAGGCCUGCGAUGUCCCAGCUAAUUGUCCUUAAAUGCAUUGA